AUGGAACGUGAUUUGGUGAAUCGAAUGCAUAGUGUCUCAAACAAUAAUGCACUUGAAACACAUGAGUAUGAUAACGGGACUGCACCAUUAGAUAAGAACUUAGAUAACCUAUCACCUAGUUUAGAGGAUGCUACUUCUUUUGACGUCAACGACGAGCAGUCUUCGUCACAUUCCAACGGUUCGGAUGGAUAUGAAUUGAUGAGAAUUGUGAAUACAUUCGAUCUUGCCGAAAAGAAAAUAUUCUUCAGCAAGAAAGAAUUAUACUCGACAAUUCGUGCACUUGCUUUGAAAGACAAGUUACAAUUUCGGGUGAGCAGGUCAAGCAUGAAGAUAUUAACCGUUGUAUGCGCCGACAGCAGCUGCAAGUGGAUGUUACGUGCUUCUACUGUGAAGCAGUCUGCAAUCUUUGUGAUCCGUAAAUUCAGUAAUGUUCACACAUGUUCCAUCAAUUUUCGCAGUAAUGAGCAUCGACAUGCGACGAAUUCUAUAAUUGCCAAGCACAUUGUGGGAAAAUUGGAUAAUCCGAAUAGAUCGUAUGAUCCGAGCACUAUUGCACGUGACAUAGAACGUGAGCUCGGUGUCCAAAUAAGUUACAGCAAGGCACGUAGGGGGAAGGUGGUUGCUUUACACAUGCUGCAUGGGAUACCAGAGGACAGUUUUCAGAGACUAUCUUCAUACUAUCACGUCUUAGGUGAGAAUAACCCGAGGACGGUAACCCACAUCGAACUUGAUUCGCGCAAUAGGUUCCAUUACUUCUUCCUAACUUUUGGUGCAAGCAUUCGUGGUUACAUGCAGUACUUGAGGCCCGUUGUUUGCAUUGACGGUAGUCACUUGAAAGGUCCAUACAAGGAUACACUUUUACUGGCAACUGCCUAA